AUGAUGCUAUGAAUAAAAAGAUCAAUCCUUCUUCUCUGCUAAACUCCGCCAAAACCUUCAACUCUCUCAUCAACCAUUUCUCCUGCAAUGGCGAUCACCUACAAGUUCUAUCCACUUUCUCUUCCAUGCUCGUCGACAGAGUCUCGCCCGACGCCUUCACUUUCCCUGGUCUCCUCAAAGCAUGUGCUUCUCUUCAGCUCCUGUCGUUGGGUCUCUCGACCCACCAACAAGUUAUCGCUAAUGGGUUCUCUUCUGAUCCCUACGUCUCGUCUUCUCUUGUCAAUUUCUACGCUAAAUUCGCGAUAUUGGAGGAUGCUCGGAAAGUGUUCGAUGGAAUGCGUGACAGAGAUGUGGUCCACUGGACUGCUAUUAUCGGGUGUUACUCACGAGCUGGACUUGUCGAAGAGGCGUUUUCCUUGUUCAAAGAGAUGAGGAAUCGGGGGAUUAAACCCGGUUCGGUCACAUUAUUGGAAAUGCUACGCGGGGUUUCGGUGAUCAUGGAGUUGCAGUGUUUGCAUGCUUGUUCAGUGGUAUACGGGUUUGAAUGUGACGUAGCUGUGGCAAAUUCUAUGUUGAAUUUGUACUGUAGAUGCGGACGAGUCGAGGAUGCUAAGGAUUUGUUUGACCAAAUGCAGCAAAGAGAUACGGUUUCUUGGAAUUCUAUGAUUUCUGGAUAUACUCUUAUUGGUAAUAUGGCCGAAAUCUCAAAACUCUUGUACAGAAUACGAGACGAUGGGCUAAGACCUGACCAGCAGACAUUUGGAACUUCCCUUUCCGUGUGUGGAACAAUAGGUGAUCUUGAAAUGGGAAGAAUCUUACACGGGCAGAUUGUAAAAACUGGUUUUGACAUCGAUAUGCAUCUUAGAACCGCAUUGUUAACAAUGUACUUGAAGUGUGGAGAGGUGGAACCUUCGUUUCAGAUCUUUGACCUCAUUCAAGAUAGGGAUAUAGUUUGCUGGACAGCCAUGAUUUCUGGGCUUCUGCAGAUGGAUAGUGUGGAGAAGGCGCUGAUGGUUUUCUCCGAAAUGUUAAAAUCAGGAUUAGAGCCAUCCAGCGAGGCAAUAACUAGUGUUCUUUCAUCUUGUGCUCAGUUGUGUUCCUUUGAUCUUGGAGCUUCGGUCCAUGGUUAUGUAGUUAGGCAAGGAUGCAUACUAGAUACUCCCGCAUUAAACGCUUUAAUCACCAUGUAUGCGAAGUGUGGUCGUCUGAAACAAAGUUCGGUUGUCUUUGAGCGGAUGACAGACAGAGAUUUAGUUUCGUGGAAUGCGAUUAUCUCGGGACAUGCACAGAAUGGAGACCUGUAUAAGGCCAUGCUGUUGUUUAGAGAAAUGAAGUUAAAAAGGCUUCAAAGACUUGAUUCCUUGACCGUUGUAUCCCUUCUUCAAACCUGUGCAUCCACUGGAGCUCUCAACAUAGGGAAGGUGAUUCACAGUGUUGUUAUCAGAAACUGUAUUCAGCAUUGUAUCUUGGUUGAUACGGUCAUUGUUGAUAUGUAUUUAAAAUGCGGCUACUUAGAAGUUGCCCAGAGGUGUUUUAAUUCAAUCCUGCAGAAGGAUUUUGUUUCGUGGAGCACACUCAUCUCAGGGUAUGGUUUUCAUGGUAAAGGAAAGACCGCUUUAAAGAUUUACUCAGAGUUUCUUCGCUCUGGCAUGAAGCCGAACCAUGUGAUUUUCCUCGCGGUUCUCUCCUCCUGCAGUCACAAUGGAUUGAUUCAGGAGGGCUUGGACAUAUUCAGUUCUAUGGUUAAAGACUUUGGGGUUGAACCAAAGCAUGAACACCUUGCUUGUGUCGUUGAUCUUCUCUGUCGGACCAAAAGGGUGGAAGAAGCAUAUGAUUUCUACAAAGAAAACUAUUCAGAACCGUCUAUUGAUGUUUUAGGUAUACUACUAGAUGCUUGCCGUGCUAAUGGGAACACAGAAAUUGAGGAUAUAAUUUGUUGGGAUAUGACCAAGUUGAAGCCAGAAGAUGCUGGACACUACGUCAGACUUGCUCAAUCUUUUGCCACGAUGAAGAGAUGGGGCGAUAUGGGUGAAGCAUGGAAUCAGAUGAGAUCUCACGGCUUGAAAAAGCUCCCGGGAUGGAGCUUCAUCGAGGUCAAUGGAGAACUCACAACAUUCUUCACGAAUCAUACUUCUCAUCCUCGUCUUGAGGAGACUGUGUCGUUACUGAAACUGUUAAACCACAAAACGAGGCAAUCAGUUCAUGAUGUUUCAUGAUAUUCAUCAGAAGGCGCAUUGCCUAUACUGACGAAACCCAGAAUCAAGCAAGACAGAUAAUAUGGAAGAAGAUGUAACAGGUUCGGUUUCUUCAUAUGCUUAUCUCUGUCGGGUCAAAUUUAAAUUUAUUUGGCAGAAUACAUUGAUCAGAACUAAUUCAUUACUGAAUGUUCAAUGUUGGAGAGGUUCAUGUCACGUGGCUAUUAAAUGCCUAGUUAUAUAUAAAAUACAUUUGGCAUUUACCAUGAAAUCAUGAAUACCAAAAUAACAACAGAAAAAACAUAAUGAAAUGAAUAAAAUGGUAGUUUGCAUGAAAUGAGCAUGAAGAGACGUCUCAGUGGUUUAAUGUUUUAGAAGUCAAGGUCUUCCAAGCGAGUAGGCAAAUAUCGAGAAGAUCAGUUAUCAGGUUUCCCAUUUUUGACAAAACAAGACAUGACAUAAGGUU